CUGUAAGAAUGCCUAAAGCUACGGGAAAAGGUGGUAAAACUCGUAAGAGGGGAAAGAAUGAUAAUGAGGAUUACAAGAGAGAGCUCGAGUUUAAGGAAGAUGGUCAGGAAUAUGGACGAGUGAACAAGAUGCUUGGAAAUGGUCGCGUGGAAUGUUACUGCUUCGAUGGAAAAACUAGACUUUGCAAUAUCCGUGGAAAAAUGCGAAAGAAGGUGUGGAUCGGCGUUGGAGAUAUCGUAUUGAUUGGACUCCGUGAUUUCCAAGACGACAAAGCAGAUAUUAUCAUGAAGUACACUCCUGAUGAAGCCCGACAGCUCAAGGCAUACGGAGAAAUUCCUGAAAAUGAAACUAUUGAUAAUAAUGAAACAAAUGACGGAGGUGAAGAAGAGGCCUGUGUAUUCCAAUUUGAAAUCGAUUCGAUCUAUUUUUGUUUGUUGAAAAUGAUGUGA